CAAGGAGUUACAUAAUAUCUGCUCUUCUUGUUACUUCCAAAAUGUCUACUAUAACCAGAACUUUGAGAGCUUACAGGCUCAUCCAUCUCCGUCAUAUUCCACGUACAUAUUUACCUUUAAGCUUUGUGCUGGUCCCCCGUAAAAUGAGCGUAUAUCCAAGUAAUAAUAUUUCGUUGUGUUCACGCAUUUCAAGAUGGCCGCUUCAAGUUCUUCCUUCUUUUCAAAUAAUUCGCUUGUUCGCCACAGGGACAAACAACGUCCCAGAGCCCGACGAUAUAGACAUAGUUUGUAGGUCAGCCUUUUUUGGAUGUGUUAGUCAAAAAAUGCGUGAAGACGUUCUUGAAGAAUAUUUUUCUUCGUAUGGCGCUGUUGACAAUCUGUACCUCAUAAGAAAUUUCCGUGGACAGUCGAAAGGAUAUGGUGUGGUCGUCUUUCGUAACGCCGAAACUGUGGAUGCCGUCUUGGAUGGGACUCACAAGCUAGAUGAAUCUUUAUUUAAGAUGGAAAGAUCGCGAAAAUACCGGGUAGUCAUGGUCGAAGGUCUACCUCAAAGUUAUUCUGAAGAAGAAGUUCGACAGUUAUUUUCCCAGUUUGGAGAAGUUGGUAAAAUUGAACUACAUAAAGCACUUGACCGUACAAGAAGUUUUUCUCUUGUGUCAUUUGCAAAGCAAACAGAGGCUCUGGAAGCGGUACGAAAUGCUACUAAUUUAGGUGGCCAGACCUUCACCGUCAGAUUAACAUUAUUGAACUCUAUGAAGGAUUAUACAAAGCUACCUUCAAAAAGGGUUAUUGUAUAUAAUCUGCCAUAUACAACCACAGUAGAUGAACUUUACAAACACUUCAAAUUUCCAUGUCCAACUCUGAGAGAGAUUCACCUCAGGCUCGAUUAUGAGAACAAAACAUGUCUUGCAUUUCUGCAAUUUGAUGAUGCAGAAGAGUCAGAAAAACUCAUCAAAGAAGGAACUACACCAUUCGGGGGCCAACGGAUCUCCUUCAAAAAGAUUGAUGACUCACAGCGUCUUAAUUCGACUGAUUCUGCUCUAUUCUUAGAAAAUAUCCCACUUGAAUUAUCUCGUGAUCAAGUGUAUCACCACUUCAAAAAUUUUGGACGAAUGGAAAAGUGUCACAUUAAACAAAACAAAGGAUUUGGUUGGGUGAGAUAUUUCAUUGGUCCUGAUGCCAUGGCAGCAAGCCAGGAAAGGGGACAUACUAUCAAUGGUCAUACCAUUUAUGCUCGCCGAGUGGCUUUGAAAGUUCCAGAAAAGGGACUGUAAACUUUUCUUAGACAUAAUUAUCAAAAUUUUUGCACUCCAGUAUUUAAAACCGAUAUAACUGUAUUUACUGGGAUGAUUAG